AUGUCAAUAGAGAAUGUUGCUGUUCAUCUGUGGCUAACAUACAGAGAGAAGAAAUAUGAGGCAGAGUUUUCAUCGGAUGGCUCUACUCUUAAAUACAAUAAUUUAUCGGUGCAUAGUAUAACUGAAUUUUGUGAUCAAGUCACGGGAAGAAAAUCGAAUGGUCAAACUCUUGAUAAAGUGGUCAUUGUUUUAAACGGAAAACCAAUUGCAAAAUAUGGUGAUAUAAAAUUAAAAUUAACGGAAAAGAGAGAGAAAAGACUGAGGGAAUUGUAUUAUAAAAUCAUAGAUCCAAAUUCUUUGAAACAACUUUUGGAAAAAUCGACUUUUAAACCAUCACAAAUGGUUCCUCCACCAAAAUCAUCAUCAGAGCCAGUAGAAAUUGUAAAUAUUGAGGAGGUUCACGUUGAAUUAGUUUUAGAAUUGGAAAAAUUGUGUGAGAGUUUGCAGACAACUGCCAUGUUGCUCACCUAUAUGGGAACGACAGAGGACAGUGAGGACGUAAGACAGGAAAUUAAAAACCAAAGAAAAAUAACGAACGGAAUCAUUUCGAGUAUUGAGGAAAAAUUGGAGCUCUUACAAAAUCAUCCACAAUAUCCAAAAUUAAAUAAUGAUUUUAUUAAACUCAAAAGUUUGAGAGAAGAAUAUUUCAAAGUUAAACUGAAACAAUUAUUGGAAAAGUAUCCAUCUUCAAGAAGUUUGACAGAUAAGAAUAUAAAUAGUACAACUAGAAAGGCUGUAAAGGUUGAAAAGGAUCAAUUAUUUGAACUUUUACAAAAACCAUCAGAGGGUAACUCAUAUUCUCAAGAGGAGCAACAGUUACUCCUACAACAAGAUGACUUGGUAUUUGUACCAUAUCAGGAAGAUGAAGAAGAAUUGAAAGAAUUGCAAAAGCUCCAUAAAGACUUGAGGGAUUUGUAUGGAAUUUCACAAGAUCUUCACGAGGAGGUUGCUGUUCAAGGUGAAAAAAUAAUUCAAGUUCAAAGCAAUGUGGAUAAGGCAGAGCUCUCUGUAAAACAAGGUACCAGAUACUUGCAAGAAGCCAAAAAGAUUGGAGCUAUUUCUGCAAUUGUUGUUGGAGGAACAGUUGGUGGACUCAUUUUGGGAGGUCCAAUAGGAGCAAUUGUUGGACUCAAGGCUGGUGUAGCUCUAGGAGUAUCUGCUGGUGUUGGAGGAUUGGCUGUUGGAGCUACUGCAGGAGGGUUACUUGCCAAAUUUACCUCUAGUGUGAGUAAUAGUAUUUCAGGUGCUUAUUCAAAAGUGACAGCUCCAUUCAUGGCUAAAAAACAGCAACAACUUGCUAGCUCACCUCCUCAAUCAAAUGUAAAUUUAAUGUAAAGUAGAAAAUGUAAAAUAAUUAGGUUUAAUGAAUUCCAAAAUAAAAAUUGAACAAAUAAUGGA